GGACGUCUUUUAGGCUAGUGCUGCGGGCCGGGCUUGUUGGAGUUUCCCGCACACCGGCCGGGGAAGCGGCUCAGCAUGAGCCAGGUUCUGUUCCAGCACCUCGUCCCGUUGCAAGUGAAAUGCAAAGACUGCGAGGACAGGAGAGUGAGUAUUAGACUGAGCAUUGAACUACAAUCAGUUUCUAAUCCAGUUCACAGAAAGGAUUUAGUUAUUCGUCUGACUGAUGAUACUGAUCCAUUUUUUCUGUAUAACCUUGUUAUAUCAGAGGAAGAUUUUCAGAGUUUAAAAUUGCAACAAGGUCUUCUGAUAGACUUCUCAGCUUUCCCACAAAAAUUCAUAGAUCUCCUUCAGCAGUGUACUCAAGAACAUGCCAAAGAAAUUCCAAGGUUUUUGCUACAGUUAGUUUCUCCAGAAGCUAUUUUGGAUAGCUCACCUGCUUUUUUAAAUGUGGUAGAGACAAAUCCUUUUAAGCAUCUUACACACCUUUCAUUAAAACUGUUACCUGGAAAUGAUGUGGAAAUAAAGAAGUUUCUAGCAGACUGUUUGAAAUGUAGCAAGGAAGAAAAAUUAUCAUUGACACAAUCACUAGAUGACGUUACCAGGCAACUGAAUUUCACACAAAAGACAUUAUCAGAAAAAAUCCAAGAAUUAGAUAAGUUACGGAACGAAUGGGCAUCACACACAGCAACAUUGUCAAAUAAGCAUUCCCAGGAACUGACGAAUGAGAAGGAAAAAGCUUUGCAGGCACAGGUUCGAUACCAACAGCAGCAUGAACAACAGAAAAAAGAUUUAGAAAUCCUCCAUCAGCGAAACAUCCAGCAGCUACAAAACAGAUUGUCUGAGUUAGAAUCUGCUAAUAAAGACCUCACUGAAAGGAAAUAUAAAGGAGACUCUACCAUCAGAGAACUUAAAACAAAACUGUCUGGUGUUGAAGAGGAGCUCCAGCGGGCUAAGCAAGAAGUCCUCUCUUUGCGAAGAGAGAAUUCUACACUUGAUGCUGAGUGCCAUGAAAAAGAAAAGCAUAUUAAUCAGCUACAAACAAAAGUGGCUGUUCUAGAACAGGAAAUCAAGGAUAAGGAUCAGCUUGUUUUAAGAACAAAAGAAGCAUUUGAUACAAUCCAGGAACAAAAGGUGGCUUUAGAAGAAAAUGGUGAGAAAAAUCAGGUGCAACUAGGAAAACUUGAAGCUACAAUAAAAUCAUUAUCAGCUGAACUUCUUAAGGCAAAUGAAAUUAUCAAAAAGUUGCAAGGGGAUCUGAAGACCUUAAUGGGUAAAUUGAAACUGAAGAAUACAGUAACUAUUCAGCAAGAGAAACUCUUGGCUGAGAAGGAAGAAAAAUUACAAAAGGAACAAAAAGAAUUACAAGAUGUUGGACAAUCUCUCCGAAUUAAAGAGCAAGAGGUAUGCAAAUUACAAGAACAAUUAGAAGCUACAGUUCAAAAACUUGAAGAAAGCAAACAGCUUCUAAAAAAUAAUGAGAAGUUAAUCACAUGGUUAAAUAAAGAAUUAAAUGAAAAUCAGCUAGUGAGAAAGCAAGAUGUAUUGGGACCUUCAGCCACUCCACCUGUGCAUUCUAGUAUCAACACCAUCAGAAGUGGAAUUUCUCCUAACUCUAAUGUGGUUGAGAGUAGACUGACUUACCCAACUUGUGGGAUUGGUUAUCCUGUCUCCUCUGCAUUUGCAUUCCAGAAUACCUUUCCUCAUCCUAUAGCUGCUAAAAAUACCAUCCACCCAGUUUCAGGACCAAAGGUGCAGUUUAACUUGCAGUUUACAAAACCAAGUACAUCACUAGGAGAUGUUCAAUCAGGAACAACUGUUAGUAUGCCUUGCUCAACUGAUAAGGAAAAUGGUGAAAAUUUAGGGCUGGAAUACAAAUAUCUGAAGAAAAGGGAAGACAGCAUUCCUUUACGUGGGCUCAACCAAAAUCUAUUUAAUAAUCCAGACCAUCAAAAAGACGGCACUUUAGCAUUACAGACAUCUUCAAAACCCGCAGUGCUCCCUUCUACAUCUUCAGCAUAUUUCCCUGGGCAGUUACCAAACAGUUAAUCCUAGUGUCAUCUUUUACUUUUAUUGAAAUUUUAGAAAUUCAGCGUGGUUUUAAUAUAGAAACAGCACAGAUCAAAUUCUGAAUAAGCAAGUUUCAAAGUUUACUUGAGCUACUUACUGUAUUAGAUUGUUUGGAUCCUUUAAGUACUGCUGUUGUUUAUGCAGUUUAGAGGGGCAACUUUGUACUAGGGAAUGGGUGAAGAUUCUUUUUAGUUUGGAACAUGGUGUUUUGUAGAAUAAUAGUAUGAAUUUUAUUAAACUAAUCCUUAGAAAUUCUCAAAUGUUCUAAGGAAAGAGUUGAUCCUUGUAAGGGACAUUCUAAUCAUAUUCAAUAUCUCAAUUAAUUAAAACCUGCUCAGAU